CGGUGGGCGCCGAGGUCCGCGCGGGCCCGGGAGGCGUCGCCGCCGCCGCCGCGCAGAGCAGCAGGCGGUGGAGCUAUGUAGCCUUCUACUAGGUUGCUACCUCCUGCAUCCGAGCCCACCCUUGCCACCUCUGUCUCGGGUGCAGAGAUGUGGGAGCUCCGCUGGCAUCUCGUCUGAGGAGCAGAAGGAGCAUCGCUUCCCAGCUUCAUUCCGACCGCGUGGCAUCCUGCCUCUCAUGCGGUUUCUGUCCAAGGAGACUCUCUCUGCCCCAUCUGAAGUCCAUAUGGCUCUGUAUGAUGAAGAUCUCCUGAAAAAUCCUUUCUAUCUGGCUCUUCAAAAGUGGCGUCCUGACUUAUGCAACAAGGUGGCCCAGAUCCAUGGCAUCGUCCUGGUGCCUUGCAAAGGAAGCUUGUCGAGCAGUGUUCAGUCCACUUGUCAGUUUGAAUCUUAUAUUUUGAUACCCGUGGAAGAACACUUUCAGACCUUGAAUGGAAAGGAUGUCUUUAUACAGGGAAACAGGAUUAAAUUAGGAGCUGGUUUCGCCUGUCUUCUCUCAGUGCCCAUUCUCUUUGAAGAAACUUUCUACAAUGAAAAAGAAGAAAGUUUCAGCAUACUGUGUAUAGCCCAUCCUUUGGAAAAGAGAGAGAGUUCAGAAGAGCCUUCAACAUCUUCCGAUCCCUUUUCCCUGAAAACCAUCGAAGACGUGAGAGAGUUUUUGGGAAGACACGCGGAGAGAUUUGACAGGAGCAUUGCCUCUUUCCAGCGAACCUUCAGGGAAUGUGAAAGAAAGAGCCUCCGUCAGCACAUAGACUCGGUGAAUGCUCUCUACACCAAAUGCCUCCAGCAGCUUCUGAGGGACUCUCACCUGAAAAUGCUUGCCAAGCAGGAGGCCCAGAUGAAUCUGCUGAAGCAGGCCGUGGAGAUGUAUGUCCAGCAUGAUAUUUAUGAUCUGAUCUUUAAGUACGUGGGGACCAUGGAGGCGAGCGAGGAUGCUGCCUUUAACAAAAUCACAAGAAGCCUUCAAGAUCUUCAGCAGAAAGACAUUGGUGUGAAACCCGAGUGCAGCUUCAACAUACCUCGUGCAAAGAGAGAGCUGGCUCAGCUGAACAAAUGCACCUCACCACAGCAGAAGUUGAUUUGUUUGCGAAAGGUGGUGCAGCUCAUCACACAGUCCCCCAGCCAGAGAGUUAACUUGGAGACCAUGUGUGCUGAUGAUCUGCUGUCGGUCCUGUUGUAUUUGCUUGUGAAAACAGAUAUCCCUAAUUGGAUGGCAAAUUUGAGUUAUAUCAAGAACUUCAGAUUUAGCAGCUCAGCAAAAGAUGAAUUGGGAUAUUGUCUGACCUCGAUUGAGGCUGCGAUUGAAUAUAUUCGGCAAGGAAGCCUCUCCGUGAAGCCACCCGAGUCGGAGGGGUUUGGUGACAGACUGUUCCUGAAGCAGAGAAUGAGCUUACUGUCUCAGAUGACUUCAACUCCCAUUGAUUGUCUGUUUAAGCACAUCGCGUCAGGUAACCAGAAAGAAGUGGAAAGACUCCUGAGCCAAGAUGACCAGGAUAAAGAUGCCGUCCAAAGGAUGUGUCACCCUCUGUGCUUCUGUGACGACUGUGAGAAACUUGUCUCUGGGAGGCUGAACGAUCCCUCCAUUGUCACUCCAUUUUCCAGAGAUGACAGGGGUCACACACCGCUCCAUGUGGCCGCCCUCUGUGGGCAGGCAUCCCUCAUUGACUUCCUGGUUUCCAGAGGCGGGGUAAAUGCCACGGACUACCACGGGUCGGCCCCCCUUCACCUCGCCUGCCAGAAGGGCUAUCAGAGCGUCACGGUGAGCCCGGCUCCGCUGCAGCCUCGCGCGGGGUGGGGGGGUGCGUGUCUGAGCCCCUGGCACCUUCCGUGGGCCCCCUGGACCCAGACCACUCACUGGCACUUCGGGGAUGGAGGCCAUCCCCCGAGGCCCUACCCCCCAAGCCCUCCCCCUCCAUCCUCCCUGUGCCCUUUUGAGCCCUCCACCCUGGAGCCCUCCCCGCUGAGCCCUCUUCUGCGCUCUCCCCCUGUGCCCUCCCCCUGCACCCUCCCCGGGGGUGCACAUCUGCUCACCUGUCCCCUCCUCACCACAGCUGCUGCUGCUGCACUACAAGCCAGCCCCGAGGUGCAAGACAACAACGGCAACCACACCUCUCCACCUGGCCUGCGCCUACGGGCACGAAGAU